GGCAAAAUUCAAAAGCCAUCGUUAAACCGAGGAAUAUGCCAAAUCUAGGGCGGUGCCUAUUUAUGGCAACAACGCUAUUUUUUUGAAACACCUUCAAGGAUCGAUUCGAUGUCUUGCUCCCUUGCCACCAGUCUCUUCUUCCUCGUCCAAGAAAAACAGGGCAGAGGAAGAAAGCGACAAUGGCCCUCCAAGGGCCGCCCACAUUGCCUCAGCAAGAAGCACGUCCCUCCGUCUCCUCCUCCCACCACCACCGCCACCGCUCCUCCCGCUUCCAGUUCUCCCUCGACAACUUCAACUUUCCGCUUCCGUUCAUUCGCCACGGCUCUCGCGCCGAAUCGGAACGCUUCGCCGCCUCGCAGCGCGAGCUCCACGAUUUCGACUCCAGGAAUGUCAUCCUCGGCGAUGCAGACGGCAGCGACCCCCACCUCGAGUUUGCUGGCAACGCCGUCCGCACCGCCAAGUACUCCCUCCUCACCUUUCUCCCCCGCAACCUCUUCGAGCAAUUCCACCGCGUCUCCUACAUUUACUUCCUUGCGAUCGCGGUCCUCAACCAGCUGCCCCAGCUCGCCGUGUUUGGCCGCGGGGCAUCCAUCCUCCCCCUCGCCUUCGUCCUCGUCGUCACCGCCGCCAAGGACGCCUACGAGGAUUGGAGACGCCACCGAUCUGAUCGCAUCGAGAACAACCGCCCCGUGUCUGUCCACGACCCUUGCACCGCCCAGUUCUGCUCAAAGAGGUGGAAGGAUGUUCGCGUCGGGGACGUCCUUAAGGUGUCCGACGAUGAGACCAUUCCUUGUGACAUGGUGAUUCUCUCCACUAGCGACCCUUCCGGCCUCUGCUACGUCCAAACCAUCAACCUCGACGGCGAGUCCAACCUCAAGACACGCUAUGCCAAGCAGGAGACGAUGUCUCGCCUCGCCUCUGAUAAAUGCGUCAUUCGCUGCGAAGAACCCAACCGCAAUAUAUACGGCUUCCUAGCUAACAUGGAGGUCGAUGGGAAGCGGGUCUCACUAGGUCCCUCCAACAUCAUCCUUCGCGGUUGCGAGCUCAAGAACACUGCUUGGGUUAUGGGCGUUGCAGUGUACACCGGGAAUGAAACUAAGGUCAUGCUCAAUAGCUCUGAUGCUCCCUCAAAGCGUAGCCGCUUGGAGACCCAAAUGAACAGGGAGACUCUGCUUCUUUCUGCAAUUCUGAUCGCCCUCUGCUCUGUCGUGUCCAUUUGUAGUGGAAUUUGGUUGGGUAAACAUGGUGACGGUUUGGAGCUCGCUCAAUUCUUUAGGAAAAGAGACUACUCCGGGGAUGUUGACAGGAACUAUAACUACUACGGGAUUGGGAUUCAGGUCUUUUUUACUUUCCUCAUGUCUGCGAUCGUGUUUCAGAUCAUGAUUCCCAUUUCACUCUACAUCUCGAUGGAGAUGGUCAGGCUUGGGCAGUCCUAUUUCAUGACUUGGGAUAGCAAUUUGCUCGAUGAGAGCUCAAAGUCAUGGUUUCAAUGUAGGGCUCUAAACAUAAACGAGGAUCUUGGGCAGAUUAAGUAUGUUUUUUCGGACAAGACAGGGACUUUGACAGAGAACAAGAUGGAGUUCCGUCGUACAAGUAUUUGGGGGAUAGACUAUAGUGGUGGAAAUGCUUCUUCACAGGACAAUAACGAAUUACAUUAUACCAUUUGGAAGACAAAGAAGCCAGUUAAAACAGACCCUGAUCUAGUCAAAUUACUGAGAAAUGAAACUGAUACCGAACAUGGAAGGCAAGCUUAUGAGUUCUUCCUUGCUUUGGCAUGCUGCAAUACCAUGAUUCCUCAAGUUGUUGAGACUUCAGAUCCCAAUGAGACAUUAAUAGAUUAUCAAGGUGAGUCUCCGGAUGAGCAGGCACUCGUUAAUGCAGCUGCUUCCUAUGGUUUUGUACUUAUGGAGCGCACAUCCGGACACAUUAUUGUCGAUGUCCUUGGGGAGAAACAAAGAUUUGAUCUUUUAGGUCUUCAUGAAUUUGAUAGUGACCGGAAGAGGAUGUCAGUUAUAAUCAGGUGUCCUGAUAACACAGUAAAGCUAUUUGUGAAAGGCGCUGACACUUCAAUGUUUGGUGUUGCACAGAAAUCCUUGGACUUGAAAGUUAUUGAUGCAACCAAGAUAAAUCUCGAGGCCUACUCAUGUUUGGGUCUGAGGACUUUGGUUAUUGGUGUACGUAAAUUGAGUAGAAAUGAAUUCAAAGAAUGGCACUCUGCCUAUGAGAAUGCUAGUACUACUUUGAUUGGAAGGGGUAGAUUGCUUCGAGCUGUUGCAGUUGAUUUUGAAAGAAAUUUUGAAAUUUUGGGAGCCUCAGCAAUUGAAGAUAAGCUACAACAGGGUGUACCAGAAGCCAUAGAAUCCAUGAGAAAAGCUGACAUCAGGGUUUGGGUCUUGACAGGGGAUAAGCAAGAAACUGCUAUUUCUAUUGGCUAUUCUUGUAAGCUUCUAACCAGUGAAAUGACUCAGAUUGUGAUAAACAGCAAUUCCAGAGAAACCUGUAAAAAGAGUCUACAUGAUGCAGUUGCCAUGUCUUGCAAUCUUGCGGAGAUGUCAACUGAAAGUAGAUUGUCUUCCUCAGUAUCUUCAAGGGUUCCUAUGGCUUUGAUUGUAGAUGGUUCGAGCCUCGUCUACAUGUUGGAGACAGAAUUGCAAGAAGAGCUUUUUAAGGUGGCUAUCAUAUGUGAUGUUGUGUUGUGCUGCCGUGUUGCUCCAUUGCAAAAGGCUGGAAUAAUUGCUCUUAUAAAGGAUCGAAUAGAUGAUUUGACCCUUGCUAUCGGAGAUGGUGCAAAUGAUGUCUCAAUGAUCCAAAUGGCUGAUGUUGGUAUUGGCAUUAGUGGCCAAGAGGGAAGGCAAGCUGUUAUGGCAUCAGAUUUUGCUAUGGGACAGUUCCGAUUUUUGGCGCCCCUCUUGUUAGUUCAUGGGCAUUGGAAUUACCAGAGGAUGACCUACAUGAUCUUGUACAACUUUUAUCGUAAUGCAGUUUUUGUCUUCAUCCUAUUCUGGUAUGUGCUUUAUGCUGCUUAUAGCUUGACGACCGCUGUAACUGAGUGGAGCAGUGUUUUGUAUUCUAUUAUUUACACAGCUCUACCAACCAUCAUCAUCGGAAUCUUCGACAAAGACCUUAGCAGGGAAACAUUGAUAAAGUACCCUCAGCUAUAUAGAUCAGGGCAGAUGAAUAAAAGCUACAAUUUGAAGCUGUUCAACAUCACUAUGCUUGAUACAGUUUGGCAAAGCGUGGUUAUCUUCUUCAUUCCUUGUGUUGCAUAUACACACAGUGGUAUCGAUGAAUCCAGUCUAGGAGACUUAUGGACCCUUGCUGUGGUCGUUCUAGUUAACAUUCAUUUGGCUAUGGAUGUAUUUCGAUGGAACUGGAUCACGCAUGCAUCAAUAUGGGGUUGCAUUGCUGCAACACUAAUAUGUGAGAUUGUCAUCGACUCUGUGUGGUUUCUACCGGGUUACUGGGCCGCCUUUAACGUAAUGAGGACUGGAUUAUUUUGGCUAUGCUUACUAGGUGUCCUUGUGGCCGGGAUGCUUCCCCGUUUCGUAAUGAAGGCACUGAUCCAGCAUUUCAUGCCUAAUGACAUACAAAUUGCUAGAGAGUUGGAGAAGUUUCGGAAUGUAAAUGGAGGCUCCACAUCGAGAAGAAGAUUCUCGCAACCUUGACGGCAGUAAAUACAUUAUUUAAUCCUCUUAUUUUUCUUAGCUACUUUUACUGGGUGUAUUGUUUUAUUCUUUAGCAAAGGAUUUCGUUUUUCACCAGAG